AUGGCGGACGAAGCAAAAGCUAAAGGAAACGCAGCUUUCUCCUCCGGUGACUUCACCUCCGCCGUUAAUCACUUCACCGAUGCAAUCAAUCUAGCCCCAACCAACCACGUCCUCUUCUCCAACCGUUCCGCUGCUCACGCUUCGCUUCAUCACUACGACGAAGCCCUCUCAGACGCGAAGAAGACCGUUGAGCUUAAACCAGAUUGGGCCAAGGGAUAUAGCCGUCUCGGAGCUGCUCACUUGGGCUUGAGCCAGUUCGAAGACGCCGUCGAUGCGUAUACGAAAGGGCUCGAGAUCGAUCCAAGCAACGAAGCCUUGAAAUCUGGUUUAGCAGAUGCGCAAGCUUCUGCGUCGAGGUCACGCGCCGCCCCGAAUCCGUUUGGGGAUGCUUUUCAGGGGCCGGAGAUGUGGGCGAAAUUGACGGCGGAUGCUUCGACGAGAGGGUACUUGAAGCAGCCCGAUUUCGUGAACAUGAUGCAGGAAAUCCAGAAAAACCCUAGCAAUCUCAAUCACUACUUGAAAGACCAGAGGGUGAUGCAAGCUCUUGGAGUCUUGUUGAAUGUUCAAAUCAGGACGCAGACGGGAGAUGAAGCUGAGGUUAAGGAGGACGAGAUGGCUGUGCCUCCGAGGAAGGAGCCUGAGGUUGAGAGGAAACGGGAGCCGGAGCCUGAACCUGAGCCGGAGAUUGGAGGAGAAGAAAAGGAGAAGAAGGAGAGGAAGCAGAAAGCUUUGAAGGAGAAAGAGUUGGGGAAUGCUGCGUACAAGAAGAAGGACUUUGAAACUGCUAUCAAGCAUUACUCCACGGCUAUGGAGAUUGAUGAUGAAGAUAUCUCUUACAUCACAAAUCGUGCUGCUGUUCAUCUGGAGAUGGGAGAGUAUGAAGAGUGCAUCAAGGAUUGUGAUAAGGCAGUUGAAAGGGGUAGAGAGCUUAGGUCAGAUUAUAAGAUGGUAGCUAAAGCUUUGACUAGGAAAGGAACUGCUCAGGGGAAGAUGGCUAAGUGCUCCAAAGACUACGAACCUGUGAUUGAGACUUACCAGAAAGCUCUAACAGAGCAUCGUAACCCAGACACGUUGAAGAGGCUGAAUGAGGCAGAGAGAGCCAAGAAAGAGUUGGAGCAGCAAGAGUAUUUUGAUCCCAGUAUUGGUGAUGAGGAGCGUGAGAAAGGUAAUGAGUUUUUCAAGGAGCAGAAGUACCCUGAUGCUGUGAGGCAUUACACGGAAGCUAUCAAAAGGAAUCCAAAGGACCCGAGGGCAUACAGCAACCGAGCCGCAUGUUACACAAAACUUGGGGCGAUGCCCGAAGGUUUGAAGGAUGCAGAGAAAUGUAUCGAGCUGGAUCCAACAUUCUCAAAGGGAUACAGCAGAAAAGGUGCAGUGCAAUUCUUCAUGAAGGAGUAUGACAAUGCAAUGGAAACGUACCAGGAAGGUCUCAAACAUGAUCCUAAUAACCAGGAGCUUCUUGACGGUGUUAGAAGAUGUGUGCAACAGAUUAACAAGGCAAACCGUGGUGACCUUACUCCAGAGGAGUUGAAAGAAAGACAGGCUAAGGGAAUGCAAGACCCGGAAAUCCAGAACAUUCUCACAGACCCUGUAAUGAGACAGGUACUGUCUGAUCUCCAGGAGAAUCCAGCAGCAGCACAAAAGCACAUGCAGAACCCAAUGGUCAUGAACAAAAUCCAAAAGCUUAUCAGCUCAGGAAUCGUCCAGAUGAAAUAA